AGGUAACUAACGGAAAAAAAAAAUACACCGGAGGGAGAUCUGGUCGAAAAAUGAAAUUUACGGAAAAAACGAAAAAGAGCAGAAAGGUUUUCCAUUCAUUCCCCUUCCCGAUCAGAUCGGAGUCCCCUUUUUCUCGACACAGAAUUUAGGGGUUUCAUUACAGAUUUUAUCAUCCCUCUCCUUCUUAAUGUUCAAAUCUUUUGCACGCUAAAAACCCGAUCCAACCCAAAUUGCAAUUCCUUCACCAUUCUCUUUGCCCAUCCUAGCAUAUGCGUGUAUUGGUGUAGAUACGGAUUUGAAUGUAUGUAUAUUGAUCUGUGCCGGAUGGUAGAAUUUGGGGUUUGAUUUUAGGGUUUUGUAUUUUUUUGUUUGUGAGGAUUUAAAAAGGCGUUUGGAGAUAAAACAUAUAUUUCGAUUGUUCCAAUGGCGUCUGCUCAGGUUCUGCGGAAGCAAGAGCAUUUGGAAGCUGGGAAAAAGAAGCUAGAGGAGUUUCGUAAGAAGAGAGCAGCAGAUCGGGCUAAAAAGACAACAUCAACUAAUCAAAUCCAUGCAUCUGAUGGGGGUUUAGAGAGACAAACUCUAGAUACUGAACGUAUACGACCAGAUUCUGACAGGGCUGGCACAUCCAAUGCUGUAGCCACACCUGCUUCAGAGCUUUCUGGAGUAGAUAAAAAAUAUGAUUUCCAGGAAAAUGAUAUCGUGCGGAAGACCAACUUUGGUUCUUCAAAUUAUGCAAGUGCUGGUUCAACAUUUGCUGCAAAUAAUUUUGAUGUUGAGUUUAACACCUCAGAGGUCCAUUAUGGCAAUGAUAUUUCAAAACUUUCAAUGCCAGAAAAUGAUAGUAAUCAUUCCCAAAAAAAGGGUGAAAAUGAUAGAGAUGUGGGAAGUUUUGCCUUUGAGAUUGCUUCUGAUCAUUCUGCAGACAACACUUUGCUGCCUCCUUUUUCAAAUAGCGGUAGAGUUACCAGUAAUUCUGAUUAUGAUGGUUUGCACAAAACCGUACCAAGGUUCAAUGAGAUCUUUCCGAAGGAUCUUGCAGCUGUAAAUUCUAGUGCUUCUUAUAUAGGAAAUAUUUCUCCAGAGAAUUCUGCGAGAACUCAUGUGCUAGAGAAGACAGGUUUAACUGAUCGUUGGGCUAGUGGUCUGACGUCUGCUUUGCAUAAAGACUCCCUGUCACCUGUGGCCAGCCUGACUGAUUUUUCUUCACAAGUUGGACAAAAAGAUGUUGCCUUGCAACAUAAUUAUCCUGUUGUUCCUGAUACUGGGUACAACCAGUUUAGUGGCUCUGCUACUUACAUGACCAAUACCUCAACUCCAUUGACAUCUGAUGGUUUCAGUUUUGAUGGCCAAAGUUCAUCUAAUUAUGCACAAGUAUCUCCUCCCACAACUGGAUUUGGUGCUAGGAGAUCCCGCCCAUCAUUUCUUGAUUCAAUCAGCAUUUCCAGAGUUUCUGCUACAUCUCCUCCAAUUGAAACAGUGAAUACUGACACAUUUAGUUCCAAGGUUCACCCAUUGGACAAUUUGGGAUCUUCUAAUUCUGAGAGCCUUAUGAAUUCUACAGCUGUCUCUGGUAAUGGGUCUGACACGUUUAAAUAUGCUGUUGCGAAAUCUAUGGAGACCAACCAUGAUUUUUAUUCGCAAAAACAAAAUGAAGACUUUGCUGCACUAGAACAGCAUAUAGAAGAUUUAACUCAAGAGAAAUUCUCUUUGCAACGUUCUCUGGAGGCUUCACGAGCUUUAGCAGAGUCUUUAGCUGCUGAAAAUUCAGCGUUGACAGAUAGUUAUAACCAACAGGGAGGUGUUGUUAAUCAGCUAAAAGCUGAUAUGGAGGCAUUACAGGGGGAGAUUAAAGCAAAUCUGGCUGAACUUGAGGCUGUGAAGGCCGAAUAUGCUAAUGUUCAGCUUGAAUGUAAUGCUGCUGAUGAACGCUCGAAGCUUUUGGCAUCUGAAGUGAUUGGUUUGGAAGAGAAGGCACUUCGGCUGAGAUCUAAUGAACUUAAAUUGGAGAAGGAGUUGGAAAAGACACAAGCUGAAGUUUCUUCUUUCAAAAAGAAAAUCGUUAGCCUUGAAAAAGAACGUCAAGAUUUGCAAUCAACUGUUGAUGCAUUACAAGAAGAGAAGAAGCUAUUGCUGUCAAAACUACGAAAAGCUUCUACUGGUGGCAUGUUUGGUGAUACUAGCAGGACUUCACCUAAUAAAAUAGAUGUCUCAACGUCAACAGAGGAUCUUGAUGACAAUGAAGGUUUGGUCACUUCAGUGGAUGAUCCAAACCCCGGAGCUCAGACUACUGCUACUAGUACCGAGUCCUCCGACUUUCCUCAUCUGCUUGACGGUGGACAGCUCAGAUUUGAAGGAUCAGCAUUGACCAUUCCUCCUGAUCAAAUAAGAAUGAUCCAAAAUAUUAACACAUUAAUCUCUGAGUUAUCAUUGGAGAAAACAGAGUUGAUGAAAGCCUUCUCUGCAGAAUCAUCUGAAUGCUCUAAACUCAAGGAGUUAAACAAGGAGUUAACCAGAAAGCUUGAAGCUCAAACACAAAGGUUGGAGCUUUUGACUGCUCAAAGCAUGGCAGCUGAUAAUAUUCCAGUGAGACAACCAGAUAGGCCUUUCCAUGAGAACACCACAUACGCCGAUGAGGGUGAUGAGGUGGUUGAAAGGGUAUUGGGAUGGAUCAUGAAGCUAUUUCCUGGAGGGCCAUCAAAACGAAGAACCAGCAAGCUUCUUUAGUUUUCACCAAGGUUUCAUUAAAGCUCCUUGUCGAAAUGAGUUUUUGCUCCUCCCUGACAUCUCAACCCUGUAAUUUUUGGUAGGCAGCUGGAGUCUAAAGUUUGUAAUUAGCAGUGAUCCAUACAACAGCUCAUUCUUUUUCCCCGGAAGUUCUUUCCAAAGUCACAUUGGAAGAUGAGAAAAUGAUUCCUUGGCAAUAAAGGCCGCAGCACCUCAGUUGUGCAUUUCAUUUGGAUACAUGAAGAAAGCUGUGGGAAUGCGGGAUAUAAAUUGGAUUCAAAGAGUUGAGUGAUUACAGAUGCAGCGUGUUAAAAUGUACUAUAGGCGACAAUUUAUUUCUUGAAUCAAGGAAAGAAGAUUUGUUAUCUUUUCAUUUGCAACAAAUUGAUGUGUUUUUUGUUAUUUCCCAAAUUUCCCACAAUGGUGAUAGUGGCCUGGAGAACUGAAGCAUGUGAAUGCAGAAGCAAGCUAGGUUUAAGGUUUGGGUGAAAACACAAGAAAAAGAUGGAGAGAGGCAAAAUGGCAUUGAAGUUAUUAAGUUAAUACUACAAGUAAUUGGACACUCUGAGCAAAGUGUUCUCAGAUUGCACAAGUAUUGUUGCUAAAUUGGGGCCAAGUAUUCAAACCCCAAAUACAUAUAUACGAGGAACCAUUUUUUUUAAAAUUUU